AUGGAAACGCAGCAAAGAAAAGCAUCCAUCAAAAGUAGUCCAAACUCAAGCUCGAUUGCUGACGCGAACCAUGUUUUGUUUGGCAGAGGAAAGCGCUGUACCAACAAUCCAGGAAAUCAGCGGAUGCGCAAGAUCCUUGACAAGUACAGGGUUCGUUACUUUGGUGCUUCAUGUGCGGAGAAACGCAAGCUAAUCAGGAAGGCCUACAAAGAGAUUAUCGAAGGUGGUGUAAAAUUCUUGAAACAGACUGAAAGUGAGGACGAGUGGGUCGAAGUUGAUGUUGAACUUGCAAUCCAAAAGGUGGGUCAUUCACUUCGGUGCCGCAGGUCGUGCAAGAGCAACAUUCAAGAGUCUUUGAUAACUCGGAAGGCACCUACUACAAUAUUGCAAAAUGGCAUGACUUCCCAAACUACUUCUGGGUCUACUCGAGCGCCAAUUGCUGGUUCUCCGAUGUUCCAGCGAAGCCAAAUGCAGCAACAGCUAUAUUCAGGAAUAACCACACGUCGAUUGGAAGACGAGCUGUUGAUACGGACAAUUGGCCAGCAGCAAACACUUGAUCUCGGUCGUUCAUUGCUUCCAAAUCCCAUGGCAUCUCUGCUGGUUCAGCAGCUCGAGUUUGAACGAUUGGGAUUGUUUCCGCUGACGCCUAGGAGACCGACCAUGCAGGCAUUUCGAGUGAUUGAACGAGAAGAAGGGCUUCUUCGGAUCAUUGCGUCUCGUAGCAACUUUUUUCAUGACUUUGUCCCGCAUUCAAACAGCUCAGGCCACUAG